CUCAAGCGCGGCGCAAGUGUGAACCGCGAGGACUGUGUUGGAGUCACUCCCCUCAUGCUUGCAUGCGAGGCCGGCUCCCCUGAGAUGGUUUCCCUGCUUCUGGCGCACGGCGCUGACCUGCAUGCAUCCAGCGCUGCUGGCUGCACCCCCCUGCACUUCGCCUCCUCUUCUGGCUCGGAUAUGAUUGUGGGACAGCUGCUGGCAGCCGUCGCCGACAUCGACGCUGUUACGAAUGACAGCUGGACCGCGCUGCACGAAGCCUCCCUCAAUGGCCACACUGCCGUGGUGGAGCGCCUGCUGCAAGCCGGGGCACAGACGUCGAUGGGCCUGACGGCGCUGCACAACGCGGCGAGCAACGGGCACACAGAGGUCGUGGAGCUGCUGCUGGCCGCGGGGGCCGCCCCGAACGCGCGCGCGCUGUCCAACGCGACCGCGCUCUUCUGCGCGGCCGGCGCUGGCCACACCGCCAUCGUGCGCCGCCUGCUGGCCGUCGGCGCUGAGGUCGGCGUGGCUGCAGGGGCCGGCGCCACCGCGCUGCAUGCAGCCGCGGGCGCAGGCCACCUCCCCGUCGUCGAGGCCCUGCUGGACGGGCACGCCGAUGUCGAC